GUGGGAUGCUUCUCCACGUGAAGUCGGCAAUGUCCGGUCUACAGUUGAUCUUGAUUCUUGAAUGCAACCCCCACUUGAGAAGAUUCCUAUCAUCUCGAGCUCAGUCCUCUUCGACAGAUGGACGAUAUCUUGACCGACGAGAUAGACAGCCUCUAUGAGUCCCUCUCCGUAGCUGAAUCAGACUCGACUGACUCAGGAGCUUCUGCAGGUCAGCAGCAGGAAUCAUGCGUUGCCAAAACCGAUACAAUUCCGAUCAUGAAUUACGACGUACUUCAUCAGGUCCUACGCACUCUUGAUCGUCGGUCUCUCUUGCGGACGCUCCGUACCUGCCGUGGUUUCUAUUCUUUGGGACUUAGAGUACUUCUAGAGUCGCCGAUCUUCCUCGAUCACCGUAAUUUCAAGGGGUUCUGCCGGUUCAUUCUCGCCGAUAGGGAGAAUCGUGGUGCACUAGUACGAGAUUUAACACUGCUGGAUUGCAGCAGGGCACUGCAAAUCAAAGAGUGUGUAAUCGAUUUCCUUCGGGUCCUGCAGCAUGUUACUGCCUUACGGAAACUAUGUGUGGCGCAAUCAGAUAGAGUUGGUUUGAAUAUUCCGCUUGUGCUGUACAAAAUCAUCACUCUACCAGGGGUACAUGACUUAGAGCUUUUGGGGGUCGGAAGACUUACACAAACGCUCUUGGAUGAGGUCACAAUCCAAGCGGAAACUUUAGCCUUGCGCUAUACAUUCACCUUGCGACUCGAGGAUGCCCUGAUUGCACUGAAACAGCUCUCACGCCACGAAUCACGCCUUCGAGCACUCGAAGUCUACUCUCUCCGAUUCGAUGAUCGUGAACUGCGGCCGUUUACUCACCUGCAAGAGCUCUGCAUAUCUACCAUUCCUCACGAGGAGCUCUCCGCGGACCGGCUCAUUUAUCUCUUUCCAAAUCUCUCGACACUGGUUAUUAUGGACUCGCAUUCCAACAGCGAUUUUGUCGGCCAUGAGGAGAUCAGGAAUGCGAGCAAAGGGACGACUCAACAGGAGAAGCGAUGGUCUGGGUUGACUCGGUUGAUGGGUCCAGCCUACGUACUCCAUGCACUUGGACUGACAUGCACGGUUCGCUGCCUCAAGUUGAUAUUAUCGCAUACACCCGCGUUCUUCGAGCAUACCGUCAAGGAUAUCAUACAGGACGCGAUCACCGAUUGUCAUCCUACCGCGCUGGAGGUUAGUGUCGGUAGUCUGUCGAAGCUUCAAUUGCUAUCCAAAAUGCAAAAACAUACACCAUAUCUCACACAUCUUUCCCUCGAGUACAGUUUUUCUUAUUUCAAUCAAAAUGCAUGGGAUGAAGAACUCGAUCUUGUGGGAUUUGUGAAUGACCUUUUCAAGAUACUCUCCCCCCUUUCUCUCGAAUAUCUCGAAAUUCAUUUCGAGGACAGCAGUAGAGAUUUCAUGCUUAGCGAUAUCAAGAAGUACCUCCCUCAGGACUACUUGGGCAUCGGGACCCCUACGGAUUUCAUGGCCCGCCUCAUGGACACAGUCCCCACCCUGAAUACCGCUUAUAUUGUCAUUCCCGGCUGCAAGCCGGCCUUUUUCAGAGUUUCUGACAAUGGGUCGGGUCGCAGAAUAGCGCUUCCGAUCAAGGACAUGUCGCAAAGGUAUACCGAAUUUGCCCGGAGAAAUGCCUCUUAAGCAUUGACCAUACCCAGCGUUGUCUUAGUUAUGCACUACAUCUGACGUCAACUGGACAGGCAUCUGCGAAGUCUACAUCGUUGUAGUUCAGUGUUUCGACGACCGGACUCGAUCCAUCAUGUCGAUUACAUGCCUAUGAUGCAAUUGGACAUAACUUAUUGCAUCAUGAAGGAUUUAUGUUGACAAACCUACGACAACUACAGUCACUGGCUGCUAUGAUGUGGGAUAACAUGGUUGUACGCGCAUCAUCGGCCGUUGAACACCCCAGCGAACGCAAAUCAGGGAGGCGGCCAUCCCAAUUGGGAAGUGAGCGCUAGUUAGCGUGGGAGCCUCAGAAUCUGUUCCGCUGUAAUUUCGGGCUAGCACUCUUAUGCUCUACAAACGUUUCAGCACCCAAGUCGUCUAGAUGAGAAUAGCUUCUGGUUGUAUUCAUUGGAGUCUAGCUUUAUAGCGUUGAUGCCUUGUUUUUCCAGUUCGAAAGUUCAUCCCCAUUGGGACCUCCCUACAACCUAUGGCGUGCGACGUGUUCUCCAACGCGCAGCGCUGGAUGAUAAUAAUUAUUCUGCUC